UAAGAAAAAUUUAAAUCCGCUUUAAUGCGACAUUUAUUGCUCUUCCUACAUAUAUGUUGCUGCUGUACUACUCCAACUACUCUACAUCUUCAAGAUUUCUCUGUUCUUGAUCAUGGAAGAAAAUUUUGAAGAGAAGAAGAAGGUGCACAAUGGUGGUGGUGGUGGAGAAGCUUCAGUGAUGGGUAGAAAUGCUAUUGGGGUUGUAACUGAUGAUGAUAAUCAACAGAAGAUAGAUUACAUGUACAAGAUUAUUGUGAUAGGGGAUUCAGCAGUUGGUAAGACUCAAACUCUCUCUCGUUUCGUGAAGAAUGAGUUUUGUUUCGACUCCAAAUCCACCAUUGGGGUUGAGUUCCAGACACGAACAAUCACCAUUAAUGACAAAGUCAUUAAGGCUCAGAUCUGGGAUACUGCUGGCCAGGAAAGGUAUAGAGCAGUAACAAGUGCGUACUAUAGAGGUGCACUGGGUGCAAUGUUAGUGUAUGACAUCACCAAGAGGCAAAGCUUUGAUAACAUAGCGAGAUGGGUGGAUGAAAUACUGACUCACGCUGAUAAAUCGAUCGUCAUUAUGUUGAUUGGAAACAAGGCUGAUCUUAGCGAUCGAAGGGAAGUCCCAACUGAAGAUGCUGUUGAAUAUGCUCAACAGAAAGGUCUCUUCUUUUCAGAGACUUCAGCACUGAAAGGAGACAAUGUAGAGAGUGCAUUCUUUAAGGUGUUGGAAGAGAUAUAUGGAGUGGUGUCAAAGAAGGCAUUACUGUCAAAUUACAGCGGCAAUAAUAAGGAAAAUCGCACAAUCGCCGGUCCCAAGGGUGGUGUAGUGCUGAAUGGAUCGAAGAUUGAUGUAAUUUCAGGUGCUGAUAUGGAGAUUAGCGAGUUUAAGACAGUCUCCCCUUGCUCCUCUUGUUGAUCUCGUGGAAUCAAUAUUAUACUCAAAACUGUAUAGCUUCAUUGGGAUGUCAGCAGGUAGCGACAUUCACCUGAAACGUUGACCCCUGCUCAUAGAGUUGGGUUGUGGGCUGAAACAACACAUGUAUCUCUUGUGCCAUUGAGUGCCAACAAAAGAAAGUGUUGAACUCAAAAAGUUGGGAACUGCAUCAAAGGAGACACCUGAUUGUGUACCCCCAAAACAAAAGAAAUCGGUUCUGCGCCAGAAAAAAAAAACCAGAAGAAUUGGGUUCUGCAACUGCGCCAAAAGAAACAGAAGUGCAAAACAAGAGCAAUGCUGUCUGGCAUUAUGUUCCAAUCUGAAGGAGAACAGUAAAAGAUCCACAAAGGCUUGCAGGAAAAACAUGCAUUUCUGAGAAGGGACGGAUCUUAACUCCAAGCAUUAAAAAUUGAUGGUAGGAAUAAUGGGGCAAC